UAUAUCGCAUCAAACUACCUGGUCCUCCAACAGAAAUUGGUGAAGGGAAACCUGAAAACCAAAAUCAUGCCAUAAUAUUUACUCGUGGAGAAGCCUUGCAGACCAUAGACAUGAAUCAGGAUAAUUAUUAUGAAGAAGCUUUCAAAAUGAGAAAUGUAUUGGAAGAAUUCCGGAGAGGACAUAGUGGGCAACGGAAACCCACCAUAUUGGGCAUAAGGGAGCAUAUAUUUACUGGAAGUGUUUCUUCACUUGCUUGGUUUAUGUCAAACCAGGAGACCAGCUUUGUGACCAUUGGCCAGCGAAUUUUAGCAAAUCCUUUAAGGGUCCGGUUUCAUUAUGGUCAUCCUGAUAUAUUUGACAGAAUCUUCCACAUAACAAGAGGUGGCAUAAGCAAAGCAUCAAAAGUUAUAAACUUAAGUGAGGAUAUAUUUGCAGGGUUCAAUUCAACUCUCCGUCAAGGAUUUAUCACACAUCAUGAAUAUAUACAAGUAGGUAAAGGGCGUGAUGUGGGCAUGAAUCAGAUAUCACUCUUCGAGGCUAAGGUUGCAAAUGGAAAUGGAGAACAAUCACUUAGCCGUGAUGUUUAUCGACUUGGACGACGAUUUGACUUCUUCAGAAUGUUGUCGUUCUACUUUACAACAGUUGGUUUCUACUUCAGUAGCAUGUGAUGCAUGUAACUUUGAAAGACCAAAUUGAUGGUUUCCACUUAAGUUUAAUUCAGGCUCAUUCAGCAUCGUGUUGACUUUUGAAAGUUGAGGAUAGACAAAAUAUAACUGUGUUGACUGUGUAUGUGUUCUUAUAUGGACGUUUAUAUAUGGUUUUGAGUGGAGUUGAGAGAGAAAUUCUUCAAAG